UGGUUACAAAUGUCAAAUUUUUUUCUCAUGGGUAGUGUUUUAAAAACGCCCAAUAAACAUAAAUAGUGAAUUAUCGCUCUGCCUAGUUAAACAAUCAAAAUUACCACCAUGGCAGGCGGAUCAUCACGCGUUCCCAUUUCGAUGCUAUUGCAAGACAAAUCGGCCACCGCCGAGGACGAUGAGGAGCCGAAGAAAAAAUCUCGCGAAGAUUGGCGCAAGGCGAAGGAGCUAGAGGAGGCCCGUAAAGCGGGCACAGCUCCGGCCGCCGUAGACGAAGAGGGUAAGGACAUAAACCCCCACAUUCCGCAGUACAUUAGCUCCGCACCGUGGUAUUACAAUACCGCUGGGCCAACGCUCAAGCAUCAGCGACCGCAGGAUGACAAGAAGCAAGUGUAUUCCGACAUUGAUAAGUGGUACAAGCGCGGGGUGGAUACUAGCAAAACGGUGACCAAGUACAGGCCAGGGGCCUGUGAGAAUUGUGGCGCAAUGACACACAAGAAAAAGGAAUGCUUCGAACGGCCACGGAAGGUGGGUGCGAAGUGGAGCGGAGCGAGGAUAGCCCACGAUGAGUUCGUUCAGCCGAAGCUAGUAUCGGACUACGACGGGAAGCGGGAUCGAUGGGCAGGGUAUGAUCCUGCCAAUCACCGGGAGAUUAUUGAGGAGUAUCAGAAAAUUGAGCAAGCGAAGCGAGAGCUUCGGGCUCAGAAGCUGAAGGAGAAUCCUGACCAAGCAGAGGAGGAUGCUGAAGACGACGAGGAUAAAUACGUAGACGAGGUGGACAUGCCGGGAACGAAGGUCGAUUCCAAACAGCGUAUUACGGUACGAAAUUUGCGUAUCCGCGAGGAUACGGCCAAAUAUUUGCGUAACUUGAACCCCAACUCGGCGUACUAUGAUCCGAAAACGCGCUCGAUGCGUGACAAUCCCAACCCACAGCUGCACCCGGAGGAGACGGACUUCGCCGGGGAGAAUUUCGUCCGCUUCUCGGGUGACAUUCAGAAGCAUGCCCAAGCGCAGCUGUUCGCCUGGGAGGCCCACGGAAAGGGAGUGGAUGUGCACGUGCUGGCGGAACCCACUAAGCUGGAGCUACUGCAGAAGGAGUACGUGAAGAAGAAGGGCCAGUUCAAGGACGAAGUUAAAAAUCAGAUUCUGGAGAAGUACGGUGGGGAAGAGCAUCUGCAAGUGCCCCCGAAAGCGCUACUUCUGGCGCAAACCGAACACUACGUGGAGUACAAUCGACAGGGGAAAAUUAUUAAGGGCGAAGAUAAGCCGAUAAUUCGGUCCCGCUAUGAGGAGGACGUAUUUCCGAACAAUCACACCUCGGUGUGGGGAUCCUUCUGGAAGGACUUCAAAUGGGGCUUCAAGUGUUGCGAGUCCACGAUCAAGAAUUCAUAUUGCGUAGGGGAGAACGGAAAGGCGGCCGGCACGAGUAAGCCGAUGGAUGGUGAACCGAUUGCAGGUCCUUCGAGGAUUGUGAUGGAACCGCCGGAGAAGAGGCAGAGUAGUAGCAGUAGCAGCAGCAGCAGCAGCAGCAGUAGUAGCAGUGACAGCAGUAGUGAUAGCAGCAGCAGUAGCAGCUCUGACUCAAGCGAUUCGGAAGACAGCGGCGAUGAGAAGUCGAAGAAAAAGCAGCACGAUAAGAUGAAGAAGGACGAGGAUAAGCUGAAGCGGAAGCAAAAGCAAGCGAAGAAACAAAAAAUGAAAGCAAACAAGAAAAAGAGACGCCAACAGAAGGCGGAAAAGUCAAAGGAGGAGGACAAAAUGAAAAAGGCUCUGAGAGCCGAAGAGGAAAGUCAACGGCGAGCGGAGGAACUUCUCAAGAUGGACGAAAGGAAGCGUCCAUAUAACAGCAUGUUCGAUGCCAAAGCCCCAACUGAGGAAGAGUUGGAGGCUUAUCAAAUGAAGCGAAGAAGGGAUGAAGAUCCGAUGUUGCAGUUUAUGGAUAAAUUAUAAAGUAACAUCGCGUAACAUAUAAGAAAAAAAAAUAAACAUAGAGAAAAUGAUGCUGUAAUCAUUAUGAAUUGAAUAAAUUAUCUCUUUGAUGUCAAAUCAGAUUUUUGAAAAACUGAAAAUGCGUCUUUCGAUUUGUUAGCAAUUCGAAAACGAAUCCGCCGGAAAAGACUCCAUACCCACUCAUAGAUUCUUUCAAACCUUCAAAAGAACAUUUUCAGAAAUUGAUAAAAUGAUGGUUUGCAUCAAGUCUUUAUUUUGUUUUGACGUA